AUGGCCUGGCUGGGGAAUGCCAGGCAGGACACCCUGGAUGCAGGUGGGGACCAUCCCGACCCCGGCCCUGCAGUGGGAAACACCAGCGCGGAGCCCCCCGGCACGACCCCCCCCGAGUGGGGCUGCGCCUGGAGCCCCCCCGAGGAGCCCCUGCGGCUGCCCACCUUCUCCCCGGCCGCCCAGGUGCGCGUGGCCGUCACCUUCGCCCUGUUCGCCCUCUCGGCCGGCUGCAACCUGGCGGUGCUGCGGGCGGUGGGGGGCCGGGGCGGCGGCCGGCGCCCCCACAUCCGCCUGCUGCUGCGGCACCUGGCCGCCGCCGACCUGCUGCUCACCGUGGUGGUGAUGCCGCUGGACGCCGUCUGGAACAUCACGCUGCAGUGGCGGGCGGGCGACCUGGCCUGCCGCCUGCUCAUGUACCUGCGCCUGCUGGCCAUGUACGCCUCGGCCUUCGUCACCGUGGUCAUCAGCCUGGACCGGCAGGCCGCCAUCCUGCGCCCGCUGGCCAUCGCCCGCGCCCGCGCCCGCAACCGCGCCAUGCUGCAUGCGGCCUGGCUGCUCAGCGCGGGGCUGGCCGUGCCACAGCUGUUCGUGUUCCACACCAUCACCCUGAGCCCCCCGCACAACUUCACCCAGUGCACCACGCGCGGCAGCUUCCCCCGGGCCUGGCACGAGACCCUCUACAACAUGGUGGGCUUUGCCUGCCUCUUCCUGCUGCCUCUGCUCAUCAUGGUCUGCUGCUACGCCCGCAUCCUGCUGGAGAUCUCCCGCCGCAUGGGCUCGGGCCUCUUCUCCUCGCAGGACGCGUCGCUGCGGUGCUCCAGGAACAACAUCCCGCGGGCCCGGCUGCGGAUGCUGCGGAUGAGCCUGGUCAUCGUCUCCUCCUUCAUCCUCUGCUGGACCCCCUACUACCUGCUGGGGCUCUGGCACUGGUUCUGCCCCCGUGCCAUGGAGAAGAGGAUCUCGCCGGCCCUCACCCACAUUCUCUUCAUCUUUGGCCUGUUCAACGCGUGCCUGGACCCCAUCACCUACGGGCUCUUCACCAUCCCCCUCCGGGGGGGCUGGGGGUGCCCUUGCAGGCACGGCCCCCUGGCCCAGCCCCCCUCCCCAGCCACGGGCUCCUUCCGCUGCUCAGCCUCCUCCCUGCCGCCCCAGCGGGGAGCCCAGGGGCUGCGCAGGUCCCGAGGGGCUGCCAGGGACCCCUCCUGUCACAGCAGCUCCCUGUGA